AUGGCGUCCUUUUUUCAUAAAGCUAAUCUCUCUGACCCCUGCUACAACUACACUGUACUGGACCAUCCAUGGAGAGCCAUAAAUAAUACAGAUCCUUCAGUCAUAAUGUGUGACAGGUCUGUCACCUGGAGCGGCUGGUAUCGUCUCUUCAUUAACAACAUGAGUGCUCAGAUCCCAGACAUAUGUGUUGCACGGAGUAGCUGUGGCACUACUGUCCCACUGUGGAUUCGUGGUGGACACCCAACAGUACAGGAUGGAGUCGUCAAUCGAGAUGUCUGCGGUCACUUUGACAAUUACUGCUGCCAUAUCGGGUCAUUUCCCAUUAAAGUCAAAGCCUGUCCAGGCAAUUAUUAUGUCUAUGAGCUGGUUAGACCAACUCUCUGCAAUUUAGCAUACUGUGCAGAUGUUAGCAGCUUUAACAGCAGCUCUACAGCCGUCACACCAGCGACCAUCUCAACUGCUUAUCCCUCUGUUGACCCCUGCUACAACUACACUGUGCUGGACGAUCCAUGGAGAGCCAACAGCAGUCAGCCAUCAAACUCCUACAAGUGUGACCAGUCUGUCACCUGGAGCGGCUGGUAUCGUCUCUUCAUUAACAACUUGAGCGCUCAGAUCCCAGACACAUGUGUUGAAAUCUAUAGCUGUGGCACCAAUAUCCCACUGUGGAUUCAUGGUGAACACCCAGCAGUUACAGAUGGAGUCGUCACUCGAGAUAUCUGCGGUCACUGGAGCAAUUACUGCUGCUAUUACGGGUCUUACCCCAUUAAAGUCAAAGCCUGUCCAGGCAAUUAUUAUGUCUAUGAGCUGGUUAGACCAACUAAAUGCUCUGCAUACUGUGCAGCUGUUACUAACAUCAGCAGCACUCAUACAACAGUUACACCAGAGACGAGCCCAGCUGGUAAUGUAAACAUUACAGCUCAAGAGCUUCCUGUGAAUACUUCUCUAGAAUGUCUUCAAAAUAUUCUUGAGCUGAUUGAGCUGAUUACAGCUCAAGAGCUUCCUGUGAAUACUGUGAUGAGAAUUUUGAAAGUGGUCCUCAGUGCUGUGGAGAAGAUUCUAGAGUCGUCAUCAUCAUCAGCAAGCCCAACUGAACUAGCCUCCUAUGGAAACCGUGUGUUAAAAGCCAGUGAGAAACUCAUCUCUAUAUUAGUGAAGCCAACAGACACAAAUGACAGUGUCAGUUUUACUCUUGCUGCUGUAGAGGUAGAAGUCUUCAUGGUUGGGCCAAAUGUCACCUUAGAUAAAAUACCUCAACUUGAAACAACAACUUCCUCUGUGGACAUCGAUCUCAUUGGAAUCGCCAAGAACAACAAUGAAACAAAAUGUCUUCAAAAUAUUCUUGAGCUGAUUGAGAACAUUACAGCUCAAGAGCUUCCUGUGAAUACUGUGAUGAGAAUUUUGAAAGUGGUCCUCAGUGCUGUGGAGAAGAUUCUAGAGUCGUCAUCAUCAUCAGCAAGCCCAACUGAACUAGCCUCCUAUGGAAACCGUGUGUUAAAAGCCAGUGAGAAACUCAUCUCUAUAUUAGUGAAGCCAACAGACACAAAUGACAGUACUUCUUCAACACAUCUGUUGAAUUUGGUGUGUGUGAUUGUGGGGCUGGUGUUCUUCACUUUGGCCCUGUUGACCUUUGCCCUUUGUCGGUGGAGUCCUGGAGUGAAUAAUGUAGCUCGAAUCAACAUCUGCAUCAGUCUUCUGCUGGCUCACCUUCUGUUCCUGCUCACACAGCAGUUCCUGAGCUUCAUAUGGCCUCAGCAGGUGCUGUGUGCCGUGAUCUCUGGCCUUCUGCACUUCCUCUUUCUCUCCGGCUUUGUGUGGAUGUUCAUUGAAGCAGUGCUGCUCUUCAUCUGUGUGAAGAACCUAUCACAGAUCAGCUCCAAAAAGAGGGAGGUGCUUAGCAGUGGAUUCCUGUUUGUGAUUGGAUAUGUGGUUGCUCUGGUUGUGGUGUGUGUGUCUGUCGGUCUGGUUCCUGACGGCUACGGCAGCGAACACUGCUGGAUUAAGAUGGAUAAAGGCUUCAUCUGGAGUUUUCUGGGACCUGUUUGCAUCAUACUAGCAUUAAACAUGAUUCUCUUUAUCUGCAUCAUCAUCAGUCUGAACUCAUCUCUCACAAAACUGAACGCUGAUGUUUCACAGUUGAAAAAAAACAAGAUUAUGGUGUUUAAAACACUAGCUCAGUGUGUGGUUCUUGGUUGCUCCUGGAUUCUGGGUUUCUUCACUAAUGGCAGUAAGGUGCUGGAGAUCCUCUUCCUGAUCUUGAACUCCCAGCAGGGAACCUUCAUCUUCCUGAUCUACUGUGUCCUCAAUAAUGAGGUCAGGGAGCAGUACAGGAAGUUCUUCAGAUGUCUUUGCUGUGCCAAACAUCACUGAGGACUACAGCAUCAUGUUCAGAAAAUGAGUGAAGUGCCAUUAUUAUAAAAGUGAUUCUAUCAUUAUUUAGAGGUUAUAUUAGUCUCAACUAUAAAUUUCACUGUUUUUUUUUUUCUUUUUACAAAUGUCAGUUCUCUGAUAUAAACCUAUACAAUUAUCAAUACUUAAU